CCAGCCGAGCCGAGCUGAAGCCGUGGAAAUCCGUGGAAAAGUGCAUCGGUGGUGUGAUGAGACGAUCAGUGCGGUGAUAUUUGCUAUUGCUAUUGUACGUGACAACUGUUUUUAACGUGGAUAUUUGUGUGUAGUCGCGGCGCCCGGGCCGCGGCGGGCAUGCGGGGCGGCGCCGGCGCUGCGGCAUGAGCGUGGCGCGCCCGGCCGAGCCCCGCGACCCGCGCCACCACCGCUCUAACCGGCACCAGGGCGCGGGCCUGGCCGGCGGGCGCGCGCGCGCCUCGGGCUCCAGCACCUCGGGCUCGCUGGCCCGCAGCGGCGCGCACUCCGACCCCGACCUCAACUGCCGCCUGCAGCCCGCGUUCCACCAAGGCUGGGGCUCAGCGGAUUCAAACUAUUCGCAACCUUCCUCGGAGCUGUCGCUGGACGAAGACAAGGAGGCUCUGCGCCGAGAGAAGGAAGCGCAGGCUCUCUCCCAGCUCGACAAGGCUCGGUCGAAGCCGGUCGCGUUCGCCGUGCGCACCAACGUGUCUUACGAUGCCGCGGUGGACGACGACUCCCCCGUCCACGGCAGCGCCAUCUCCUUCGAGGUGCGGGACUUUCUGCACAUCAAGGAGAAGUACGAUAACAACUGGUGGAUCGGGCGUCUCGUGAAAGAGGGCUGCGACAUCGGCUUCAUCCCGUCGCCGGUGAAGCUGGAGACGGUGCGCGCCGGGCUGCCGCGCGGCCGCUACCCGCGCCCCGCCUCGGCCGCCAACCUCGCGCCCGACGCCAGCAGAGGUAGCACCCCUCCCACGCCCGGCGAGGACUCGGACUCGGCGGGCCGCGGGCGCGGCGGCGGCGCCGGCGCGCUCCCCGCCAACAAGGAGAAGCGGAAACCCUUCUUCAAGAAGCAGGAGGCGUGCACGCCGUACGACGUGGUGCCCUCCAUGCGGCCCGUCGUGCUCGUCGGGCCCUCGCUCAAGGGCUACGAGGUCACGGACAUGAUGCAGAAAGCGCUCUUUGACUUCUUGAAGAGGAGGUUCGAGGGCAGGAUAAUAAUAACUCGAGUGAUGGCCGACAUAUCCCUAGCGAAGCGGUCGCUCCUCAACAACCCGUCGAAACGCGCGAUCAUGGAGCGCUCCAACUCGCGCUCCUCGUGCCUUGCCGAAGUCCAGGCGGAGAUCGAGAGGAUAUUCGACCUGGCCCGGCUGCAGCUGGUGGUGCUGGACUGCGACACCAUCAACCACCCGCAGCUCGCCAAGACCUCACUCGCGCCCACCAUAGUGUACCUGAAGAUCUCUAGCCCUAAGGUGUUACAACGGUUAAUCAAGUCCCGAGGGAAAGGCCAAAGCAAGAGUCUCUCCGUGCAAAUGGUGGCCGCGGAGAAGCUGUCGCAGUGCCCUCCGGACAUGUUCGACGUCAUUCUAGACGAGAACCAGCUGGAGGACGCGUGCGAACACAUAGCGGACUAUUUAGAGGCGUACUGGCGCGCGACGCACCCCACGGAGUCCCCGCAGUCGGGAGUGCCGCGGCCGCUGCCGCACGCCAUCCACCCCUCGCACCCCUCGCACACCUCCUCUCACGCGCAACCUGAUCCCCCCGCGCACCCCGGCGGACACCGCGAGCGGGCCGACUCCUACAGCUAUGACCGGGACCGAGGUGGAAGGUCUCGACAGCCGCGGCCGGAGCGGCUCGAGGAGGAGUACUACCCGCGAGACCCCCGCGACCCGCGGGACGUGCGGGACCUGCGGGACCCGAGGGACAUGCGGGACCUGAGGGACCCGAGAGACGCUCGGGACCCCAGAGACCCGCGCGAGCGGUACGCGCGCUACGGGCGCGGGGAGGGCAGGGAGGCCCGCGACCCGCGGGACUACGAGGGCUACGCCGCGGAGGGCUACGGGCGGGAGGCGUACGGGCACGACUACACGCGCGACGCGUACGCGCGCGAGGAGUACGAGCGCGGCUACGGGCGGGAGUACGCGCGCGAGGAGCGCGGACGGCGGGAGCGGGAGGGCGAGGAGUACGGGCCGUCGCGGCGCGCGCUGAACGCCGUGUAGCGCGCGCGCGGCGGCCCGGCCGCGCCGCCGCCGCCGCCGCUGGAGUGUCCGUCGCCGCUGUCGCCGCCGCUGUCGCCGGAGUGAGUGGUGCUUGUGAACGGUUGUUUUGCAGACCCGCCGCCCGCCGCCGGUCCGCGGCCGGGUCUAGUUUCCGCGUUGUUCUGAUUCGCUGAGCUUUAGGCACGCUUGCGCGGAGGCCGAGGACUGUGCGCGCGGCAGUAGGCCGGUGACGCUGUCGCACUCGAAGUACGGAGCUCGCGUGGAAUGUAUAAAUUUUACAUAAAACAUAAUUUUAGUACCGAUUAGAUAUUAUCCAUUUCCCAUUUUUUGAACAUACAUACUCUGUAAUUAUAUUGCAUCGUCUGUACUUCAUUGUUGCAAUCAUUUGUAAAUAAAAUACUUUAUAUCGAA